AUGUAAUAAUUUGAAGACAUACAAUAACACGAAUAACAAGAAGAUUAGGAACAAAUAAGUUUCUCAUUUCUUGAAAUUAAAUUGCCCAGUGACGUAUUAAGUCAAAGCUAAGCCAUAAUCAUAGCUUAAUAUGGUCCUGCAUCUAUCUAUAUAGAUCAGCAUCUUUAAAAAUCUUAGGAGGUAGGAUAGAUUGUCCAAACAACAUCCAAUCCACUCAAAUUGGCAAGCAUCAAAUAGAUUGAUUAAUUGCUAGUGAUUUCAUUUAAGAAAGACAUACGCUAUUACUAUUUCUAAGAAUACAAUUUGCUUAAACAAUUGGAGAGUCUUGGCUUAAAGCAAUAGCACAUAUAUGUAUUGAUGAAUGUCCCAUCCUCUACAUUAGAGAGAUAUUCAGAUGAGAAUUCUUAAUUGCGCCAAUUAAAUCACAACAUUGAAAGCAGUGUGAAAUAAUUGGAAGAUCCAGAAGAAUUGGAAGGAUACUUUGGCGAUUUGUUUUACUCUCUGAAACAUCUAAAAUCAAUUGCUUACAUUCUAGUGCAAACCAAUUAUGAUAUUUCACUUGAAUUAAUUUAGAAAUAUGAUGAAAUUAGAAAGCAUUUGCCACAGAUUCCAAAUAGUGUUAACAAAGAAUUCAUAAGGGAGGAAUUGAAAAAGUAUGCCAAGAGUUAAAAUAGAGAUAAUGUCCACAUCUGAAUUGAGUUUAAAUUAUUACAUAGCAC